UACUGUCAUGGAAGAAAACGAGGAAAUAAAAAUGUUGAAAACUUUAUUAAAGAGAUGGGAGAUAAAAUUUUAUAAGGAAAAUGGCAGGAAACCCCAUAGGGAUGAGAUCAAGACAGCACCACAAGAGAUUCAGGAUGCAUACAUUCAGUAUGGUAAAUUGAAGAAAAACUGUAUUGGGUCUCAGAAACCUAGAGUAUCUGAAAACAGUGAGGACGCUGAAGAAACAAUCAGUGAAUCAUAUCAGUGUGGAAAAGAUGGAGUCUGGGGUACAGACUUCAAUAAAGGAAACCAGGAAACAUCAGAAACUGACACAUCUCUGGGAUCAGCAGUUGAUGAAACAAAAACUGAAGCUUCAAAUAUGAUGACCAAAUUAAGUCUCAAAUUGUUUGAAAUGGCCAAAAAAGAUAAAAUGACUGCUGCAAAAAGUGGGUCGAAAUUCAAACCGAAUGAAAGUGUACCAGAUGGAGAUUUAUCAGAUGAUUCAUUGAUGGUAAAAGGAAAAAUUUUCAACAAUUUGAAAAUUAAGAAUAAGACUCUAGUAGAAGAAACAUCUUUGAAUAAGCAAGAAGAUGUAGAUGUUACAAAGAAGUACAAUUUGAAAGGAAGACAGAAGUUAUCUAUUUCCAUCAGUGAAAAGCCUAGUUUGAGUGAUGAACCUGAAAGUAGUGGAAAAACAAGCAAAAAUGGAGAACAAGCUUGGUGUAAUUUUGAUGAAGUGGAUGGACUCAGUUCCUCUGUGUUUGAUUCAGAGAAUACAUGGACCUCAGAAACCAAGAAUGAAGAAAAAGAAGGAAAAAGCAAGAUGAGAUCAUAUCAGAGACCUAAUAUUCCCAAACAAGCAACUGGAAAAAAUGAAGAACAAACAAGCAAUUUGUCCUUGAAUGAGAGUGCUGAGUUUAGAGAUGUCAGAUGGGACAAUGAAACAACCCAAAUUGUGGGAAGUGAAAGUAAAACUUCAUACAAUGAAUCUAGUUACUCAAAGAAGAAAACUUUUCAAAGCAGGGAUAAUAAAGAAAAUAGUGAAUAUCAAAGUGGACCUAAGGUGUAUGAAUUUGAUGCUACUGAUGCUGAGGAUGUUCCCAUAAUUCCAAAGCAGAACAGGAAGAGGAAGAAGGCAGACACUAAUCCUAAGUCCAAGAAAAGAAAACUUGAGAGUGAAGAGGCUCCUGAUUCAGUGGAUGGUGAUGAUAAUGAUGGUGCACCUUUAAAACCAAAAGUUUCCAUGUCUAAAAGUAAACCCCCUCCUUCCUCAGUUGGAAAUUUUGUGAAGCUGAACAUGAAGGUUAAAACAUAUAAAAGGAAAGGCAAAGGGAUGUCAGGGCCUCAGUACAAGAGAUUCCAGUGGAAACAGAAGAUGAAGUCACGAAGUGAGAGCUAUGGAAACAACUGCUUCAAGUGUGGCAAAUCUGGCCACUGGGCUAACAAAUGUCCGGGAGAAAACAAAGAGAGUUAUGGUGGAGAGGCUGACAUGCCUCCCAUUUCUGAGGAGGGUUUUCCCAGUCUGAAGGAAGCUGCCAUGAUGGCCAGAGGAGUUAAGCUGGACAAACCAACAGAGGUUAAAGAUAAAAACGACCAAAAAGGAUCAGCAAGAGCAGUCAAGAUAACAGAAAAUGAAGCUGACUUAGAGGACAUAAACUGGAAUGAAGACAUUGAUCCAGAGAAUGAGAUAGAUGAAGACUUGGAGAUACAGUCCAGUAUUGUGAGAUCUGCUAAAGAAGAUGCUGGAGUCCCCCCUCCCCAUUCUCCAGUACUUAAUAUGGAGGAAUACACUUGUAAAGAUACUCCUGAUUUCAUCAUGAAAGGAUUGAAGAAGUUUGGCUAUGAAGCAUUCAGGACAGGACAAGAGCAUGCAGUAAAAAGAAUUCUGGCAGGAUUGUCAACUCUAGUUGUGUUGUCAACAGGAGGUGGUAAAUCCCUGUGUUACCAGUUACCAGCAUACUUGUAUGCUCAAAGGUCAAAGGCCAUCACCUUAGUGAUAUCUCCCCUUGUCUCACUCAUGGAGGAUCAGGUGACUGGUCUGCCUCCAGGUGUUAAAGGAGCCUGUCUUCAUACCAACAUGACAACAGCACAGAGAGACAGUGUUCUGCAGAAUGUCAAAGAGGGCAAAGUUCACUUCCUGUUAGUGUCCCCUGAAGCUAUUGCAGGGGGAGGAAUGGUUCUGCUCAACAAUCGGUCUUCUCUGCCCCCUAUAGCAUUUGUGUGUAUAGAUGAGGCCCAUUGCCUAUCAGAAUGGUCGCACAAUUUCAGGCCAUCAUAUUUAAGACUAACCAAGGUGCUAAGGGAAAAGUUUGGAGUACAGUGUUUCCUUGGACUGACAGCUACUGCUACCCAGUCUACUUCACAGGAUGUAGCAAAGCAUCUUGGGAUUUCUGACAUUGAAGAUGCAAUCAUUCGAGGAUCACCUGUGCCUAAAAACCUGCUUUUAUCUGUAUCCAGAGAUGAAAACAGGGAUGAUGCAUUGAUAGGACUUCUACAGGGGGACAGAUUUUCCUCCUGUGAGUCAAUCAUUGUGUACUGCACUAGACGACAGGAGACAGAUCGCCUAGCUACACUAAUCAGAACGUGUCUGAAAGAUUACAAAGCUGAAGACUGGGAACAGAAACCAAAGAAGGGUAGAGCAAAAACCUAUGCCUUUUGGGAUGCUGAAAGUUACCAUGCAGGAUUAACUGCGGCACAACGAAAGCGAGUCCAGAAUGCCUUCAUGUCUGGGAGGCUGAGAGUGGUGGUAGCCACGGUGGCAUUUGGGAUGGGUCUAGAUAAGUCAGAUGUUCGAGGGGUCAUUCAUUACAAUAUGCCUAAGAGUAUGGAAGGUUAUGUCCAAGAGAUCGGCAGGGCUGGUAGAGAUGGGAAAACAUCACACUGUCAUCUCUUUCUGGAUUCGGAGGGUCAAGACUUGUCAGAGUUAAAGAGACAUAGUUAUGCCAAUACAGUUGACUACAGAACACUGAAAAAAUUUGUCCAUCAUGUCUUCAUACCUUGCCACUGCAAAAAAGUUCACGAGAUGCAGCAGGAAAGCCCUGAGAAGGCCAUUAAGAUAAAAGAAAGGCAAGGCAAAGACAGAGUUUGCCAUGGACAUGAGAGAGCUGUUAUCAUAGAUACACUGGUAACAAAUAUGGAUGUAAAAGAAGAAGGCAUAUUAACUUUGCUCUGUUACCUUGAGCUUCAUCCUUUGAGAUGGGUGGAGAAUUUGGUCAAUGUGUAUGCCACUUGUAAAGUCCAGUGUUAUGGGGGACCAGCUCAACUUCAAGCUAUAUCGAAAAAGUGUCCUCCUGUAGCUGUUGCCAUAGCAAAGGCAAAGAAAGGUGGGAAAUCAUUUUCAUCCACCAAUCAAAUUGAGUUUCCUGUUGUUGACAUUAGUGACUGCAUGGGUUGGGACUCUGGUCUUGUCAAAAGAGAAUUGAAAAGUCUCUCCUGGAACAUAACUAGCCAAGGUCCUCAAAGAACAGGAGUAAUGGUGGAGUUUUCAGAUUUAGCAUUUCACUUCACUGCCCCUGGUGAUCUGUCAGAUGAAGAACUCGAUGAUGUGUUGGAGUUUCUUCAUGAACGAAUUCAGAAACAAGAGAAGUCAGAGAUCCAGCAGCUUAACUACCUCAGUGAUAGCUUAAGGAGUGUUUCGCAUAAGAACUUCUGGAUGUCUGCAGAUGCCUUAGAUGAAGGAAAAAAUAGAAAACUGAAGGAAAUAAUUAAUGACUACUUUGAAAGUCAAAGUUUGUUGAAUCAGUACAAGCAGAGAGAAACAGAAGAAAAAGAACAAGAGCCCUCACCACAAGAGGUCUCUCAGGCAAUUGUAGACAUCAGACAGCUGAUCUGUAUCCAUGGCCAUGAACACAGAUUUAACGGACGAGCCGUUGCACGCAUUUUCCAUGGCAUCAGCAGUCCCUGCUUCCCUGCUCAGAUCUGGGGACGUGCUCGACGAUUCUGGAGAAGCAAUAUGAACUUAGAUUUCAAUUUCCUUGUCAAACUAGCUGUGCAAGAAUUAAUUAAACUUAAGUGAAGGAAUCAGAAAUAUGUUCAUGUAAACAUCUUUUGAUUAUCUUUUUUUUAUCUCAGUAUAUCAUAUGGUUUAUUGAAUUUUUUUUAUAUUUUUUGUCAUAUUUUACUGGGACAAAAUUGGCAUCUCAUUUGGCAUAGAGAUAUGCCAAGGUUAAAGAUUAACAUAUGCAUUGGUUAAUUUAUACAUAAUCCAUUCUUUCAAAAACAAAACAAGGUAAACUAAGAAAUUGGUAUGGUUUUCCUCUGUUAUGUUGAUGCAGUCAUCUUCAGAUGAAAGUAAGGCAAAAUUAUAUUGAAUUACAUUUUCUAUUACUACCCAUUUAUCUUUUUAAUACCCAUGGACCAGUAAAUGUAUCUGCCUCAAAGUUAAAAUGCUGGGUGUGUACUGACCAUCUGUAAUUGCUUCAGUUUUGAUUCAGUAAUGCAAGUUAUAUGCUGAUGUGUUUGUAUAUUGUAUAAUAAUGAUGUUCAACUUUUCAAAGACCGGAAAAACAUGUGCUUUAAAAAAAUGUGAUUUAAUUUGUUUCCCUGCCUAAUUGUCUGAGCUUUGUCAAUUUAGACUAUAGGCAGAUAAUAAUGAUUUUAUUGCAUGGAUAUUUCUUUUCGUGAAAGAAAAUUAUGCUCAUAAAAAUACUUCAUGUACAUUUUAUUGUACAGUUUAUGGUAGGUUUCUGACUGGAGUAGAACUGUAUCACAAAUGCUGGCAGUAAGAUGUAUAUGCAUGAUUCUGAACAUGCACAAAGGUUUUAUAUUUUGCUAUGGCCAAUAUUGCUACAAGAAUUUCAUUAUGCUUCUACAAUGUUUUAUUUGAUUAAAAGUCCAAAUUAAUGUAACCUUGAUGAUCUUAAACUGAUUUCAAACUUCGUUCGAAUGAAGUAUUAAUUGUAAGGGGUUUUUUUUCAAAUAUUUUUAAUUGGAAUUCAAAAAAAGAUGUUUUAAGCCAUUUUUUUUUUUAUUUUCUUCUGUGAUUUGAAGUUCAUACUGGUGGGCAUGUAAUUACGUCAUGGAUUUUUAGAUGCAGAAUUAUUCCAUUGGAUUACUUUGGUUCAUAAAAUCAGUUUGAAAAAAAAAUGUACCAGCAUUCAUAUCUUUACAUGAUUGCAUAUUUUUGAUAAAAGAGAGAGUACUUGAAUGCCAUCAUUUAAUGAAAUGUCUCUAUCAGACUUAAUUUACAUUUCGU